AUGUCAGCCUCCAAUAUCACCUCAACCCAUCCAGAUGCCUUCUUGUUGGUAGGAAUUCCUGGUUUGGAGCAUCUGCACAUCUGGAUCUCCAUUCCCUUUUGCUCAGCCUAUACACUGGCAAUGUUUGGAAACUGCACCCUUUUGUUCAUUAUCCGGGCUGAUACAGCCCUCCAUGAGCCCAUGUACCUCUUCCUGGCCAUGCUGGCAGCCAUUGAUCUUCUCCUUUCCUCUUCAGCACUGCCUAAAAUGCUUGCCAUAUUUUGGUUCAGAGAUCAGGAGAUCAACUUCUAUGCUUGUCUCGCCCAGUUGUUCUUUCUGCACUCCUUCUCCAUCAUGGAGUCAGCAGUGCUGCUGGCCAUGGCUUUUGAUCGCUAUGUGGCCAUCUGCAAGCCACUGCACUACACCACGGUCCUAACUGGGUCCCUUAUCACAAAGAUUGGCAUGGCUGUUGUGUCCCGGGCUGUGACACUAAUGAUUCCACUUCCCCUUUUGCUCAGGCACUUCCACUACUGCCGAGGCCCAGUGAUUGCUCACUGCUACUGUGAACACAUGGCUGUGGUAAGGGCAGCGUGUGGAGACACCCGCUUUAACAAUAUCUAUGGCAUUGCUGUAGCCAUGUUUAUUGGAGGGUUGGAUCUGUUCUUUAUUAGCCUAUCUUAUAUCUUUAUUCUUCAUUCAGUCCUGCAACUUGCCUCUCAGGAAGCCCGUUACAAGGCAUUUGGGACAUGUGUGUCUCACAUAGGUGCCAUCUUAGCCUUCUACACACCUGCAGUCAUCUCCUCAGUCAUGCACCGUGUGGCCCACCGGGCUGCCCCACAUGUUCACAUACUCCUUGCCAAUUUCUAUCUUCUCUUCCCACCCAUGGUCAAUCCCAUCAUCUAUGGCGUCAAGACCAAGCAGAUUCGUGAUCGAGUCACAGGACUAUUCCUGAGAAAGAAUGUAUAA